UACUUGAACACAUUAAUAAGCGUUUCGAUACCUUGUCCAUUAAUCUUAAAGUUACUUCACAUUGUGUCCUUGCGUUGUUCAUACUGAUAGUGCCACCCAUGCAAAGUGAAGAAAUGGCUGCUGAAGUCGAAAGGAUGCCUGAAGCUGACAAUAAGUCUUUCACGACUCGUCUGUGCGAAUUGCCUGUAGCUUUAGCUGCUGUCAACCAACUCUCAGAAAUUUACAGUGCGGUGAAGGAGCGCAAUUGUGUCACCAGAAUGGCUUUUAAUGCUGGUGAAAAAACGAUCGAUAUGGCGAAUACUGCUUCUAAGCCUAUAAUUCAGGCAGCCAGCACUUGUUCGCUGUCUAAACCCAUCGUUGGAACAGUUGAAUGUGCUGCUGCAACCAUUGAUCGUAUGGCAUCAGGAACACUGGCCAUAGUAGAAGAGAAGUGUCCCAUUAUAACCAAAACACCCACUGAGAUCAAGACCUCUGUUGCUGAUACUGCCACGGAGUACUUUGACAAAGUACAGAAAAGCUGCAUGGUAAAGAUGUUGGUGACUAAGACUGAGCAAGCCUUGGAGUUUGGUGAAUUGUUUACUGAACUAGCAUUGCCAACAGAUGGUAACUGUGGAGAAGACAUGAAUGAUUUGGAGUCCGAAUUUGAAGAUGCUUCUAAAGGAGUUAUGACGAGAGCCUGCAAACUGAAGGAGAGGUUGACACGCAGAGGGAAAAGAAAACUGCUGUCCUACAGACCUGUAAAAAUGAGUGUUGAUGCGUGUGCGGGUGUGCAAGAAUGCACAAGUGAGUUGCUUGAAAAAUCAACUGAUGCUGGCAAGAAGGUUUUCAAGGCAACCAUGUACAUCCCAAACAUGGCUCUUGGUCUGACUGGUGAAGUGAUUGUCUCGGCAAAGGAAUUGGUUUUUUCUCUCACGCAGGCCCAUCCUGUGAACGAAAUGCCUGCUACUGUGACAGGUUUAAUGACAAAGGUGGUUCAACCUAUCUGUGAUGCAAAAGAUAAACUUUCUGGCUACGUUUUUGUUCCUCCACAUGUGAUGACUGGUUACCUCCUCACUUCUCGCCCUGUCCAGUGGAUCAUACCCCAUAUCGUUGCGGUGGAAGACCUACAGAAAAUGCAAAUCUUGGUCGGUGAAAAUGAGGACUCAGCAGAAUCAGAGGAAAAUGAGAAAGAUUCCUCUUGAAUUUAUUUAGACUCAAUCUAUAAAAAAAUAUGUUUAGUUAUUAAGCACACAGUAUCUAUUUGAAAAGUAGUAUUCAUCCAGAAAUAUUGUAUUCAUUUAUUUGCAAUAUAGUAUUCAUCUUUUUGGAAUGAAGUCUUCAAAAGCUGAAAUAAUGUAAGCCAAUUAUUAGUGACUAUAUUUCAUUUUUUCAUUUCAAAGGCCCAUUUCUUUGGUUACCAACUAUUUUUUAUAACUCAUUUUUAAUUCCGCUGAAUUGUUGAAUUUCACAUUUGGUAGUUUCCUAUCAGCCUGCAAAUGAAAAUGAGCAAAUGAUUGAAAUUUUCCUUCUUUCCAGACUAAAGUACUUACAGCCAUUAAGUGUUUUAAUCAGUUUUACUAAAAUAGCAUUAAGUUGAAAAAAUUGUUUCAGAAAAUUUUUUUAGUUUUCACAUCUUGAUUAAGUUGGUGAUGGUAAUGAUAAUAUGAAGACAUUGUUUUACAAGAAAACAAAUAUUUACAAUCUUAACAUUAAGAGUCAGUGAGUGUAGUGAAAGAGCAUAAAUAAAUUUUGUAUUGUAACCA